CCCGAUUAACAGGUGUACUACAAUUUGCUUUGCAUGCAUGAUUAUAACACCAAUGGUCUGCCCGUCACAUGAUGCUGACAAGACGCCAAAAACUGAAUACGAUCUGUCGAAAUUAGGAGGUCCCCAUCGGUGGCUCGCCAUCCACAUAAGAAGCUGCACCAUCCUCUCCCCCCCACCUCUCUCUCAUUGCUUGCCUUCCCCUCUCGCUCUUUCGCUCCCCCACCGUCUCAAAACCUAUGACAAGAUCCUCCUCCUCUCGUCCCUCUACAGUCUCCCAGUCCCUCUUUUCUCGCUUCCCACUUGCUGCUGUCUAAAGCACAAAAAGGUCCCUAAGUACAUGGAAAGAAAACCAUCGUGUGUAUAAGCCCUGAUUCGGUUCCCACCAUGCAGAUUUGAACCCAUCCCAUGGCUGGUCCAAGCGAUAGCUCGCCCUCACCAUCACAAUCCACCACGCUGCCCUCGCCCCGGUCGACCAUGCCGCGCCCCGUCGUCGGGCCCGACACGACCCAGCCGCGGCCCAAGAGGGCCCGGGACAACAGCAAGCACCCGGUCUACCGGGGCGUCCGGAUGCGGGCCUGGGGAAGGUGGGUGUCCGAGAUCCGCGAGCCCAAGAAGAAGAACCGGAUCUGGCUGGGCACUUUUGCAACCCCGGAGAUGGCUGCGCGCGCGCACGACGUCGCCGCGCUGAGCAUCAAGGGCAGCACGGCGAUCCUCAACUUCCCCAAGCUCGCCAAGUCACUGCCCCGGCCGGCCUCCAACUCGGCGCGCGACAUCCAGGCCGCCGCCGCUAAAGCUGCUUCCAUGGCUUGUCCACAUUCGAUGCAGUCAUCGUCAUUGUCGCCGUCGUCAUCAUCAUCGUCCCCGUCAUCAUUAUCAAUGCUGAUGCCAUCGUCUUCGUCUUCGUCGUCAUUGUCAAUGAUCGACACGUUAUGGCCGCCGGCAGAUGAAUCGACGACAGAGGAACUUAGCGAGAUAGUCGAGCUGCCGAGUCUCGGCACGAGCUACGAGUCGCCCGAGUCCGGAAGCGAGAUCGUGCUUGCAGACUCGUUGGAUGGUUGGGUGUAUCCGCAAUGCCACAGCGAGGAUUCUGGUCUCUUCAGCGAUCAAAUGUUGAUGGCAGACAGUGUGAUCACCGCUGGUUUCGAGGCCUCUUUGUGGGAUUACUAAUGUCAGUAGCAGGUCUCCCUCCGUGCCAAUCUGUUCUAAUAUACCGUCUUUGUCCUCUCUCUAUGGUGGAAAUUUUGUUCUUUCCUUUUUUAUCUCAAGUUCUUACAUGUUUCCCUUGUGUUCUACAUAUUCGAAUACGACGAACUGUACAUUUUAUGUAGAA